AAAAAAUACUGCUGAUUUAAGUUUCAUAGUCUUCAAACUAUUCAACUUUAAAUAAGAAAAGAAGCAAAGAAGUGGUUUAUUAAAAUAAUAUUUGAAUCAGAUUCUGACUGAGCAUUUUGUAAGAUUGCCUGUAUACUCAUGGACAUGGAGCACACAGGACAGUACCUGCAUCUUGCCUUUCUAAUGACAACAGUUUUUUCCAUGUUGCCUGAAGCAACAGCAAACUAUACACGUUUGUGGGCUAACAAUACUAUUUGGGAUCCCACCAUUCAAAACAGCAUGAACAGACAUCAAACUGAAAGUAACCCUAACCCAGAAAUGGAUUACAAAGUUAAUUCUACAAACACGCCUGAAAGAACAUCAUCUUCUAGCGCUGCAUCUUUAACUCCUACAUCUGCACGGAAGCUCUACCCGCCUUACACUGUCAGGAACAGUUCUCCAACAACCGAGAGCACUGAAAGCACAAGUCAAAGUCUCGGUGAAGUUUUUAAAAAGGAUGUCUGCGAGCAAAGCCACAGCAACAUGGCUAUGCUAAUCUGCUUAAUUACAAUCGCAGUGCUCUUUCUCAUCUGUACCCUGCUAUUUCUCUCAACAGUGGUUCUGGCAAACAAAGUCUCAUCUCUCAGACGGUCAAAACAAGUAGGCAAGCGCCAGCCUAGAAGCAACGGCGACUUUCUGGCAAGCAGUGGGCUCUGGGCUGCUGAAUCAGAUACUUGGAAAAGAGCAAAACAGCUCACAGGACCCAACCUAAUGAUGCAAUCUACUGGAGUGCUCACAGUUACAAGGGAAGGGAAAGAAGAAGGAAAUGAAAAACCUAACUAGCUGUUGCAUUAGGGAAGGAAAAUGUAAAGCAGCAGUGAGGAAGGCUAUAGAAGAAAAAAAUGAAUUUUAAUAUCAAAAUGUUGGUCAGAUGAUCUAAAAUUUGGCGUGUAGUUAAGCAUCAAACAGACCAGAAAGGGAAAUGUAUGCUUGCUUAAAUUACUUAACCUGUUUGAUACUAAAUGCUGUUAGAAGUAAAUAAAACAACUGAGCAGCAGAGGAAACUAACAGACAGCAAGAGUUAACUAAAUAUUCCUUCUUCAGCAACAGUAGACAAGCGUUGUCUGAAUGUCAUUCAAUUUUGAGGAGUUUUAGUAUGUCCUUAGAGCCAAAAAUCUUUAUUAAUCAAAUUCCUAAUGUUUAGCGCUGAACUGCAUAAUAUAAUGGUACCUUCUUGCUGGAUGGCAGAAUUCUUACCAGAUUAUAUAUGUCAAAGCAGCUAAUUUUAGGCUACAUUCUUUCAUCUUUGCAUAGGGCACAAAUAAGGUGCUUUUCUACUAUACAUAUUAAGACUUAACUUUGUACAAAACAAAAGCUUACUAGAAUAAAGCUGGCCAUGCGUA